CCUUCCAGGUGAUCUGUGAAAAUGGUCCGCUACUCUCUUGACCCGGAAAACCCCACAAAAUCAUGCAAAUCAAGAGGCUCAAAUCUUCGUGUUCACUUUAAGAACACCCGUGAAACUGCGCAAGCCAUCAAGGGUAUGCAUAUCCGAAAAGCCACCAAGUACCUGAAAGAUGUCACAUUAAAGAAGCAAUGCGUGCCAUUCCGGCGUUACAAUGGUGGAGUUGGGAGGUGUGCCCAGGCCAAACAGUGGGGCUGGACACAGGGCCGGUGGCCCAAAAAGAGUGCUGAAUUUUUGCUGCACAUGCUUAAAAAUGCAGAGAGUAAUGCUGAACUUAAGGGUUUAGAUGUAGAUUCUCUGGUCAUUGAACAUAUCCAGGUCAACAAAGCACCCAAGAUGCGUCGUCGUACUUACAGAGCUCAUGGUCGGAUUAACCCAUACAUGAGUUCCCCUUGCCACAUUGAGAUGAUCCUCACUGAAAAGGAACAAAUUGUUCCUAAACCAGAAGAGGAGGUUGCACAGAAGAAAAAGAUAUCCCAGAAGAAGCUAAAGAAACAAAAACUUAUGGCACGGGAAUAAAUUCAACAAAAAAUAAAUGCAAAUAAAAGGAUGUUGGUUGUCUUUUA